AUGGGCGACGAGCCUGCCUACCCCAGGUGGGGGUAUUGUUUCCAUGCCGGUUGCUGGGCUGGAGCGGAAUGGUAUUGUCAAGAGGAAGGAUGUCGAUAUUGCGGUUGGCCGGUGCCCGUGGAAGUUGCAGGCCUUCAAGCAGACGAUGCCACGGGAUACAACGGAGAUUAUCUGAAUGCCGGAUCUGUUGCUGGUGGAGAGAACGAUUGGAACAACGCAACAGUCGGAUAUGGAGGAGGACGGCAAGGCGACUACCAGUCUGGCAACCAGGUGGGCCAAGACUUGUACCAAGAUGGUGUCCAGCAGCCCGAAACCUACUGGCACAAUGCCAACGAGCAGUACAAUGAUCAAGAAUAUGACGGCCAGUAUGGCGACCAGUACAACGACGAUCAGCAGAACGACACCGACCUGCAUGAUGCCGACCGGUCCGGCGACUACCACCAGAACGAUCAUCAGCCGCCAAACUCUCCGUCUGAAGCCUGGGCUACCAUGGGUAGUCGGUCGAGCGCCGGCCAGACAAACUCGGUCGCCUCAACGGAGACACUCGACAUCGACGCCAUUAGCAUGGCAGGAAACGCCGACAGAGACAGGGCCAGGUGGUUUGAAGAGCAAACCGCCAUCCGUACGGACACCUGGAGCGAUCAAGACAUUGUCAUCCAGGCCGUGGGCCAGUUCGCGAACAGCCCCCCCGGGUAUCGCUAUGGUGACACUCCCUACCAGGGCGAGCUCUACCCGCACGAGUUGUCCUUGUCAGAUGGGUCAGAGUCCAGUGUCGGUCAGUCCAAUGUGGAGAGGCCAGUCCCAGGACGUCGAUAA